AUGCCCACAACUCACCCCCAAUUCAACAACGCUACUGAAGGAUUGGAGGUUGCUCAAGCUUUUGUCGACAACAUCCGCGGAAAGACAGUUGUUAUUACAGGUGUCAACCGUGGUGGAAUUGGAUAUUCAGCUGCCGAGUCCUUUGCAUCCCAAGGCCCUGCCCAUCUGAUUGUUACGGGCCGCACAAUGUCCAAGCUUCAGGAGAGUAUAGACUCUAUGAAGGCCAAGUACCCCAACGUCGACUACCGCGCACUUCACAUCGAUCUUUCCAGCCAGCAAUCUGUACGCACCGCCGCUGCUGGGCUACUUUCGUGGGCCGAUGUUCCCACCAUCGACAUCCUCGUCAACAGCGCCGGUAUUGCCCUCCUACCAGAACGCACCCUUAACGUUGAUGGAAUCGAGAUAAUCUUUGCCACCAACCACGUCGGACACUUCUUGUUUGCCAACCUUCUCAUGCCAAAACUCAUCAAAGCCGCCGAAAAGACUCCCAAGGGAAGCACCAGAAUUAUCAAUGUCAGCUCCGGUUCACCGAUUGUUGCACAAGGAAUGCGUUGGAGUGAUAUGAAUUUCGAGAAGUUGAACAAGGACCUACCCGAACAAGAGCAGCCAAACUAUGACCUCCAGCGGGGAUGGGGAAUCCAAGAUCCCGAGAACAAGUCAUACACACCGCUAGAAGCCUACAACGUCAGCAAGAUAGCAAACGUCCUGUUCGGUAUCGGUGCUACCAACAGAUUGUACGAAAAGUACGGAAUAUUGAGCUUGGCAUUACAUCCAGGUGUCAUCAAGACGGAGCUGGGCAGAAGUGCUCUACCUGAGAUUACUGCUGCCGUUGAUGCUCUGCGAGAGAAAGGCUACUAUGCCUACAGAAGUUUGGGUGCAGGAGCAUCGACAACUAUGGUUGCGGCCUUGGAUCCAAAAUUGGGACCGGGAGAGACCAAGGAUGGCAAAGAGAACUAUGGUGCAUUCUUGUCUAACUGUCAGAUAUGUGGUGAUGCUCAGCUGUUGGCAGUUUCGAGUAGUGAGGCUGACAAGUUGUGGAAGUUAUCUGAGGAGAUUGUUAAGCAGAAGUUCGAUUGGUAG